AUGUCACCGCCACGAGAGCGAUCCCGCUCCCGGCAGAGCCCGGCGCUCACGAGCUGCGACACGUCCCGGCAGCGGCACCCGCCGCGUCCCCGCGUGGGAGCGCGUCCGAGCGCGGCGGCAGCUCCGCUCCGCUCCCUCGCAGACCCCCGCGCUUCCCUCCGCCCCCGCCGCUCCCUUCCCGGGGGUCCCGCAGCUCCGCGCCCCCGGGGCUCCCGCCGCUCUCCCCCCCGGCCCCGCGGACACGUGCGGGAGCGCCCACGCCGCUCCGGUGCCGGGCAGCGGGACCGCGCGGGGCGGGAGCGCCAGGCCGGGUCCCCCGCGCCCCGGUGGCACCUGCCGGCGGUGGCCGCGGGCAGCCCCGAGCCGCGGCCGCGGCCCCGCCGCCAUUGGCUCAUUCAAAGGCGGCCGCGGCGCCGUCCGCCCGCCCGCCCGUCCCGCCCGUCCCGCGCCGUGCCCGUGGCGGGGCCGGCGCCGCCCUUACCGCGGUGCCCCCGGCGCGCUCAGCGGGCGCUCGGGGCGCGGGGCCGGGGGGCUGCGGGGCGCGGCGGGGGCCGGGCGCGGGGCGCCAUCUUCCCGCGCUUCCCCCGCGCUCCCGCCGGCAUUGACGUCCCGGUUAUGCAAUUAGCGGGGCCGCCCCCGCCGCCUCCCACGGGUCCGGUCCCACCGCAGCGCAGCGCAUCCCCGCGGCACCCACCGGCACCGCACGGGCCGGACCGGCACGGCACCCGGCGGCACCCACCGACCGGCACGGCACGGACCGAACCAGACCGGAGUGGCACCGACCCACUGGCGUGA